AUGGCUACAGAAUUUAAUGUUGAAAGUUUGCUUGGUGAGUUGACUUUGUCAGAGAAGAUAUCGCUAUUGGCAGGGGCAGAUUUCUGGCAUACUGUGCCGAUAGAAAGAUUAGACAUACCACAGAUUCGGGUAUCAGAUGGUCCCAAUGGUAUAAGGGGUACUAAGUUCUUCAAUGGUGUCCCGUCAAAUUGUUUUCCAUGUGGCACAGCAAUGGCAGCUUCAUUCAACAAAGAUUUAUGGACAGAAGCUGGUAUUUUAAUGGCUAAAGAAGCAAAAAUGAAAGGUGCUCAUGUUAUUUUAGGACCAACUUGUAAUAUCGUUCGUUCUCCUCUAGGAGGUCGAGGAUUUGAGUCGUUUUCUGAAGAUCCUCUCUUGUCUGGCCAUGCUGCUUCCCAUAUAAUUAAAGGAAUCCAAAGUCAAAGUAUCUUAGCUUGCAUAAAGCAUUAUGUGUGCAAUGACCAAGAAGAUGAAAGAAAGGCUGUUGAUGCUUUCGUCAGCGAGAGGGCUUUGAGGGAGAUUUACUUAAAACCAUUUCAAAUUGCCUUAAGAGAUUCCGAUCCACGGUCAUUAAUGACAGCAUAUAAUAAGGUGAACGGAACUCAUGCUUCUCAGUCUAAAUACUUACUACAAGAUAUUCUAAGGGAUGAAUGGAAAUAUUCGGGGGCUGUUAUGUCAGAUUGGUUUGGUACUUAUUCAAUAAAGGAAUCUUUGGAUGCAGGCAUGAAUCUUGAAAUGCCGGGCCCUGCUAGAUUUAGAGAAUUGACAAUAACCUCUCAUAAAGUCAAUUGUAAUGAAAUUGAUAGAAAUGUUAUUGAUCAUAAUGUGAGACACGUUUUGAAUUUUAUUAAGGAAGCGCGUGGUGCUAGAAUUCCGAAAGAUAUUGUUGAGUCCCCGAAUACGUCCCCGGAAGCAUCAAAUAUAAUGAGAAAAAUAGGUGAUGAGUCGAUUGUUUUACUUAAAAAUGAAGAUAACAUUUUACCAUUGUCGAAAAUAGCCAUCAAAGGACAAACAAAAAUAGCGAUGAUUGGUCCAAAUGUUAAGGCCAGUCAAGAUUCUGGUGGAGGUUCUGCUUCGAUGAAUACAAGGUAUAAGAUAUCACCUUACGAGGGUAUGGUAAAAAAAUUAGAGGAAGGCGGAAAUAAUGUUAUUUUGAAGUAUGCUCUUGGCGCAUCAUUAGAUAAAAACCUACCUGAUGUGGGCUCGUUGUGCAAAAAUAAUGCCGGUAGGGAGGGAAUCACUGCAAAGUUCUAUAAGGAUGCACCUGGCGCGAUAAAUAGGCACCAGUUUGACGAGAUAGAUCUAAAUAGCUCGAAAAUAUUUCUAAGCGAUUACAAAAACAAUGCCUUAGAUCCAAGUCAGAGUUUAUAUUUCGUCGAUUUUGAAUGUACUUAUGUACCUGAGGAAUCGGGAAUCUUUGAAUUUGGAUGCUCUUGUCUCGGAACUGCCCAAAUUUUCGUUGACGAUAAAUUGAUUGUGGACAAUAAAACUAAGCAAGUGGCAGGAGUUGAUUUCUUCUUGGGUAUGGGCACGAGAGAGGAAAGAAGUGAACUUGAGUUAAAGAAGGGGAUAUUUUAUAAAAUUAGAGUAGAGUUUGGAACUUCCCCAACCUAUACUCUUGAAAAUAUUCACAAAGAAGCUGGAGGCGUUAAUUUUGGAUUCAGUAUCAAAUUUUCUCCUGAGAGGGAAAUAGAGAAGGCUGUUGAAUUAGCCAAAGAAGUAGAUAGGGUCAUCAUUGUAGUAGGAUUAUCAAAGGAAUGGGAAUCUGAGGGAUUCGAUAGACCUGACAUGAAUAUCCCGGGAUACACCGAUAAGUUGAUUAAAGAAAUCUGCCUGAUAAAUGAAAACGUCAUAGUUGUGAAUCAAUCAGGGACUCCAGUUACUAUGCCAUGGGCUGAAAAGGUUAAAGGGUUAAUUCAGGCUUGGUAUGGUGGCAAUGAGUUAGGGAAUGCAAUUGCAGAUGUUUUGGUUGGAGAUCAUAAUCCCUCUGGAAAACUAAGUAUGUCUUUUCCUAAAAGAUUAGAGCACAAUCCUUCAUUUUUGAAUUUUGGGAGCACUAAUGGGCAAGUACUUUAUGGUGAGAAUAUUUUUGUAGGCUAUAGAUAUUAUGAAUUGGCAGAUAGAGAAGUGUUAUUUCCUUUUGGUUAUGGUUUAUCCUACACCACUUUUCAGUUUAAAGACUUGGACGUCAAAAUAGAUGAAACAAAAGUAUAUGUCACCCUCAAAGUGGUAAAUACAGGAAGACUUAAUGGUGCUGAGGUUAUUCAAGUAUAUAUCCGUCAACUCAAUCCAAGUGUGAAAAGACCUUUCAAGGAAUUAAAAGAUUUCGAAAAAGUCAGUUUAAAAUCUGGUGAAGAGAAGAUCGCACAAUUAAGUUUUUCCUUAAGAGAGGCGACAUCUUACUGGGAUACUUAUGAAAAGAAGUGGCUUUCUGAGAAAGACACUUACAGCGUUUUGAUCGGAAAUAGCUCCGAUAAUAUUUUGUUGGAAGGUCAGUUUUCUACAAAUAGCUCACUUUUGUGGGAGGGACUUUGA